AUCGCCCGCCUGAACACACCUCAGCAGGCACUAAGAGCGUCCAAAGAUUUAAAGUUUUCCGACAGACACUGGACGAGACUUAAGUGAACUGAAACUGAAGGCAGAUUUUUUUGUUUGGACGUUGGAUUUUCACUGGAGUUAUCCUUUAUAGAAAAGAAAAAAUAUCCAACUUGCCUUUGGGACAUUCGAGAGAAACGACGCGCCACGUUUGACGCGCGCGUUCUGCUGACACUGACAUUUGUUGAGAGUUUCUAUAAACAGCCGGUAAGCACACUUUUCCUGACUUUAUGUCUACAAAGAUGGAACAGCCUUUCUAUCAUGACGACUCUUUUCUGUCGGCUUACGGCCACUCAGAUGCAGCAAUACACGACUACAAACUGCUAAAGCAGAAUAUGAAUUUGAACUUGACAGAACCUUAUCGCAACCUGAAAUCCCAGCUGAGACCCGAGACGGACCCGUACCAGGGGGGCCAGCAAGACGUGGGGUCCUUGAAGCUCGCAUCCCCAGAGCUGGAGAGGCUCAUCAUCCAAAACAGUAACGGUGUGAUCACCACUCCCACACCCGGUCAGUACUUCUACAACCGGAGCAUCACCGAUGAGCAGGAGGGCUUCGCCGAGGGCUUUGUAAAAGCCCUGGACGAGCUGCACAAGAUGAACCAGAUGCCUCCUCCAAACGUGUCGAUCGGUGUCGGUGGAGUGACGACGUGUUCGCCGGCGGCCUCUAGCGUCUUCGGCUCCGCUUUGCAGCCCGAGCCUCCCAUUUACACCACACUGAACGCAUACUGCCCGAACACCAGCCUCUCUUCUUCCGCCUCCAGCUACCCCACGGCCACCAUCAGCUACCUGCCGCCUCACCCGCAGAGCCACCCGCAGCAGAGCUCGACGCACGGCACCGCGCACCCGUUCCAGCACUCCCUCCCCGGAUCAGGCCUCCAUCCGCAGCGGCUGGUCGCUCUCAAAGAGGAGCCCCAGACCGUGCCGGAUCUCCUCAGCAGCGACGGCUCCCCUCCGAUGUCCCCGAUCGACUUGGAGACCCAGGAGAGGAUCAAAGCGGAGCGCAAACGGCUGAGGAACCGGUUAGCGGCGACCAAGUGCCGGAGGCGCAAGCUGGAGCGCAUCGCCCGGCUGGAGGAGAAGGUGAAGGUGCUGAAGAGCGACAACGCGGGGCUCUCCAAUACAGCGUCGGUGCUCCGGGACCAGGUGGCCCAGCUCAAACAGAAGGUCCUGACGCACGUCAGCAGCGGCUGUCAGCUGAUGCUCACGAGCAAGUUGGAGGCGUUUUAAAGCGCAGAGACUUAAAGUGACUGAAAAGUGAUAACACUGGAGUUGUGCGUGUGCAGCACUGGACUGUGACAGUAACACAGAGCUGUGUGUACUCUUAGGGUGAAAAGACUCUCUCAAAUGGUACUUUCGGAUGCUGGACACCUCAAAGGACCAUUUAACCCUAUAAAACAUCCCAGCAGACACUGAGAAACACACCAAGUCUGGUUUACUAAUUACAAUAUGGGAAUGAUUACUGUGUUUCUUUGUACUUUUACAAUUGAUAAUGUUGUCAUGCAAUGCUGCAUUUAUUCAUUGUGUAAAUUAUUUUGUUUGGUUGAGCCAAACUAUAAUGAUGUCCAAUGUUUACAAUGUCUUUUUUUUUAUUUGUGAUGUGUAUUUAAGUAAAGUGUCUUAAAAAUGAA